GUCCGCUGCCUCCCCAUAUGUUCCUUUUUCUGGGUUGGUGUUUGCUUUGAAUGGCUAGUCGCUGAGCCGAAGCUCGUCCUCCUCCACUCUGCGCUCCCCCUCCUCGUCCAACUUGCUCCUUAAUUAUUUUUUUAUUGCUCUUUUCCCUUACCCCCCGUGGACUCUUCAUUAUUACUACUACUCUACUUUUUUUUUUCUAUCUUCUUCUCCUUUCGACUCUUCUCCUUGAUAAUAUUCACUGUCUUCUCUUUCCCUUAAUCUUUCGGUUCUCGCUUACACUACUACACUCGUCGUCACCACACCACACGCCCCCCAAUCCUCCGCUGUGGCUGCGCUACGCUGCCUGCUUUCCGAAUCCGAACUACCACCACUGGACCAACACCCCACCAAAAACUUGGCUCUCGGCUGAGCGCUGUCCGCUCUUGCGCCCUCCUUCUCCAAACAUCUACACUUGUUGCUUUGCAUCGCUCUCGCCAGUCUCGGGCACCGUCACCUCGCUGCCAAUCUCCCCGUCUGCCAUUUGUCCCGCUUCGUCAAUGGCUGUUCGCGACCCCGAGAUCAUGAAUGGUCACGCCAAAAACGGCAUCCAUACCAACGGCAACGGAUCCCACACCAACGGCACCACGACCCUCGCUGAGCGACUCAGGAUGAACAGAAAACAAUCCAGCCCCAUGGCUCCCGCCUUCAUGGUUUCUGCCCCGGGAAAAGUUAUUGUUUUUGGCGAACAUAGUGUUGUGUAUGGCAAGGCCGCCAUUGCUGCUGCUAUUUCUCUCCGUUCGUAUCUUCACGUUACAACGCUCUCCAAAUCCAAGCGAACAGUCUCCCUGCGAUUCCCCGACAUCGAUCUCGUACACACUUGGAACAUUGACGACUUGCCCUGGGACAUCUUCCACCACCCUAAGAAGAAGAAGUCGUACUAUGAUCUUGUCACUGAAUUAGAUGAGGAGUUGGUAGCCUCCCUACAGCCGCAUAUCGAUGCUGUUUCUCCCGAAAGCUCCGACGAGCUACGCAAGGUUCACAAGAGCUCCGUCCUAGCAUUCCUGUACCUCUUCCUCUCGCUCGGCUCCCCCAAGAACCCCGGCUUCCUCUACACACUUCGAUCAACUAUCCCCAUCAGUGCUGGCCUCGGAAGCAGUGCAUCAAUCUCAGUCUGCCUUGCUGCUGCUCUGCUGCUACAGCUGCGCACGCUCUCUGGUCCCCACCCGGACCAACCGCAUGAGGAGGCUCGCCUCCAGGUUGAACGUAUCAACCGAUGGGCGUUUGUGUCUGAAAUGUGCAUUCACGGCAACCCGUCUGGUGUAGACAACACUGUGGCUACGCAAGGCAAGGCCGUCGUUUUCCAGCGAACCGAUUACAACAAGCCGCCCUCAGUCCGCCCACUAUGGGACUUCCCCGAACUCCCUCUAAUGCUAAUUGACACACGCCAGGCUAAAUCGACAGCCCACGAGGUCGCCAAGGUUGCAAAGCUUAAGGAGAUGCACCCCGAGUUGGUCGGUGCUAUUCUCAAUGCCAUGGAUAAGGUCACUGCUACGGCUGCCGGCGUGAUUCAGGAGGAAGAGUUUGACGAUGAGGAGGAAGAUUCGCUAAAAAGAGUUGGAGAGCUCAUGACCAUUAACCACGGCCUCUUGGUGUCGCUUGGUGUUUCCCACCCACGCUUGGAGCGUGUCAGAGAGCUUGUUGACCACGAGACCAUUGGUUGGACGAAGCUGACUGGUGCCGGUGGCGGUGGCUGCUCCAUCACGCUGAUGCGACCCGACGUUCCAAAGGAGAAGCUUCGUAAGCUGGACAAGCAGCUCGAGGCAGAAAACUACGGCAAAUUCGAAACGACACUUGGUGGUGACGGUGUUGGUGUCCUCUGGCCUGCCGUGCUGAAGAACGGUAUGGACGAGGAUGACGAAGGCGGCAUGGAGAUUGAUGUGGAAAAGUUCCUCAACGCCGAAGGCACAAAGGGCGUCGAGCGCCUUGUUGGCGUUCACGGCGACGGAGGUGAACGAGAAGGCUGGAAGUUUUGGCGCGUGGAGAGCCGAUAAGCGAGAAUCUGGAGCCAGCGCAUUGCGCUCCAUUACGUUGACGACCAUAUUUCUUUUCCAACAUUCUAGGCGAAGGCUGCUGGGCUUUUCUUUCUAAUACUUGGGCGCCAUGGGAUGGGACAUUUUUGCAACUCCUUCUUUUUUUGUUUCUUUUUGUCUCGGGCUAGAUGCUUUACCUUACGGUACUUUUUGGGUGUACAUAAACCACAACCUUUUCUCAUUCUUCUUCUUUCGCCCUCCCAACUAGCACUAUAUCUAUUAAUGCGACACGUUCAAUAUACCAGUAUAACCCUUUUUUGCCAUUGUGACACCACCGCAACCGUGGGAUUUCUGUGAAUCCAACAGUGUCCGUCACACGAGGCGGUGGCCUAUUGCUGAGGCUGCCCUCCUUGUACGACCAACAACCGAUGAACGAUUCUGCAAGUCGGAGGCAAUCUACAGACACGGACGCAUCCUGAUAACCUAAACUAUUCACAGAUAACAUAAAUGAACCCGCC